AUGGGAUAUCUUGCCCAUGCGUGCUGGCUCGCGGGGGAAGAAACAAGUCCGCGCUAUCCACAAAUCAGACCGCGAAUGAACCAGUGGCGGUCGAUCUUUCAUCUACUGGGUGUAAAACCACGGAUCGCGAGCGCGGGAGAAGCGCUGGAUGCGUCCGUCGGGGGCGGUGAUGGCAUCCGUCAGCCGGCCGGAGACAACCACGCCCAUCUCGGCGCUGAAAAGGAUGGCGUCGACAUAUUCAACCUCGCCCGGCGGGCGGGCGGCCUGGGACCGCACCGUUUCAACCGCCUCGUGCACACUGAUUGCAUCCCCGGCAUAGGGAAUAGUACCGCUUUCACAAGCAUGGACAUUGCUAUUGCAAGUCAACACUUUUGGCUGACAAUUUGCCAAUCGGCUUCUCAAAUCGACAUCAUGUCAACAAGAUCAACACCUGCAGCACAGCUUUGUGCGUCCCUAAAUGGGGAGAAUGACGGCAAGCUCCUCCCAUAUCCACGUUGUCCAGCGAAACGAGGAGACGAUGAAAGUAGGUACCAGGGGUGUACUUGCAUCUGGAAAUGGGAGGACACUGUUCGACUUGACUUUGUGCGGGGUCCAGUACAACAACAUAAAAGAAGGGCAAGAUUCCCUCCGAAGCCCACGAAAUUCCUAGCUUUACAAACCCAAUUCCUCAUCCCAAUUGAGGAACACUUACCGUACAUCAUCGCUCCAAACCGUCGCACAUAA